GCAGUAAUCCAACCCCCGCCGCCGUUGAUGCACAGCAGACUGCUCCAGACCAUCAAGCGGCGACAGCUUUCCGAUCUGGCUAAGAAUGGCGCGUCUGUAGGUGAGAUGGAGAAUGUGUAUUCCCUAAAAACGCAGGGCGGGGGCGGACAGGGAGGGUCCCGCGUCGGGGCUAGAGGGGCCGGGCCGCCGCCACCCGGCGCCUGGGACCCCGUCCGGCCCCCCACCACCCCCCCGGACGGCCGCAGCCCCCCCCAACACCAAGCAGCGGGCGAGGGUGAAGACGGCUCGAAGAUCCAGCGAGCCGUGGGCUUCAAGGUGGAGGGGAACCAGUGCUACAGGGAGAAGAAAUUCCGGGAAGCGAUCGGCAAAUACCACCGGGCGCUACUGCAGUUGAAGGGGGUCCGGAGCAGCCAAGGUCGGGCCGAAGGCGUGAGCGAGUUCCGUGCAGGACGGGCCGGCUUGACCGAGGAGCAGAACCGACUUAUCGAGAACACCGAGAUCGAUUGCUAUGAUAGUUUGGCCGCCUGCCUUCUCCAAUCCGAGUUGGUCAACUACGAGCGGGUGAAGGAGUACUGCCUGAAAAUUCUUGGCAGGCACAAGGACAAUUUCAAAGCCAUGUACAGGGCAGGGAUCGCCUUCUAUCACCUGGGCGACUGUGAGAACGCGCUGCAGUACCUGAAGGAAGCCAAAGACCGAGAGCCCACAGACACAAACGUCUUCAGAUAUAUUCAGCUAACAGAGAUAAAGAUGAACCGGUGCAGUCAGAGAGAGCAAGAGGGCUGCAAGGAGGUGAUCGGCUGA